AUGUUUACAGCUCUACGCUCUCUCGUAGCCCUUUCUUCGGUGCUCGUGGCUGUAACCGCCCAACAGAUCGGCACCAACACAGCGGAGGUCAACCCACCCCUUCUCUGGGAAGAGUGUACACUCCCCGGUUUAUGCCGCAAGGUUAACGGCUCGCUCACCCUCGAUGCAAACUGGAGGUGGACUCACAAUGUUGGCGGAUACACCAACUGCCGCAACGGUAACGACUGGGAUCCAACGAUCUGCCCUGACCCCCUCACCUGCGCCGAAAACUGUGCCGUGGAAGGUGUCGACUACUCUUCCUCCGGUGUCUUCACCAGCGGUAAUGCAGUGACACUUACCUUGAACACCGUCACCAAUUCUGGCCCUCGUAUCUACCUUCUCGCUCCCGAUCAGAAAACAUACCAAAUGUUCAAGCUCAACCAACAGGAGUUUGCAUUCGACGUUGAUCUUAGCCAGGUCGCUUGCGGUAUGAACGCCGCAUUAUACUUCAGUGAGAUGGAAGCACACGGUGGAAACGCACCUUCAAACAAGGCCGGCGCUAAGUUCGGUACUGGAUACUGUGACGCCCAAUGUCCAUCUGGAGACAACUUCUUUAAUGGAACUGCUAACAUGGCCAACAAUGGUAUCUGCUGCAAUGAGAUGGAUAUCUGGGAGGCCAACAGGAUCUCCAACGCAUUCACCACUCACGGUUGUAUGUCUAACGGACCAUACACCUGCUCCGGCGCAGGAUGCCAAGGCCAAUGCGACGGCAAUGGCUGUGCCUUCAACGCCUUCCACCAAGGACACCCCAACUUCUACGGCCCCGGUCUCGCUGUCGACACCAGGAAGAAGUUCACCGUCGUCACCCAAUUCCUGACUCAGAAUGGCCGCCCCUCAGGACCUCUCUCCGAGAUCCGUCGUCUAUACGUGCAGAAUGGACGUGUCAUUCAGACCCCACCCACUAAUGUGACCGGCAUGCCACCCUUCAACUCGGUCUCAACGCAAUACUGCGACGCACAGAGGAAAAUCAUGGGUGCUUCUAACCUGUUCGACGAGACAGGUGGCAUGAAGCCAUUGAGCAAGGCCUUCGAUACCGGCAUGGUUCUGGUCUUCAGUCUCUGGGAUGACCCAUCAGGCGGAAUGACCUGGCUCGACGGUCCCGGAGCUGGAAGCUGCCCUGGUGGACUCGACACCUCCGGUGGACCCAGCGUCAAUGUCACCUUCUCCAACAUCAAGUUUGGAAGCAUCGGCUCGACCUUCCAACCCUUCUUGUUGUAA